AUGUCUGUUCUUUUCACUAGUAUUUCCGAGAACAACCCGGUCAAACCUGGGGAUGCGGAAGACCUCCUUAAGCCCUUCGGGCUAACGAUAGAUCCUUCCGAAGCAAGCGAUUUUCAUACACUCCUAGCAGCUGUUCACGACUGCGCUGAAGGUGUAGCUGCUCUUCCAGAUUAUCAACCGAUCCCCGAUCAAACAAAGUAUCCUCGGGAAAACGUGCGCCGACCAGGAAAAGACGAGCAGGUUCUUGGACAAGCUUGGGCACACAAGUUCCUCAUCAGAGGAAGCAAAGAAGGAGGUGUCCUGGCGGGGAAAUCUGUCAGUCUCAAAGAUGUCAUCGCGGUGGCAGGUGUGCCGCAGUUGAUGGGUAGCGACAUUAUCCCAUCGUGGACCCCAACUACCGAUGCCACGGUCUUGACACGCUUGUUAGAGGCUGGAGCCGAUAUCCAUGGGACGUCGACUUGUGAGAAUUUUUGUCAUUCGACUUCUUCAUUUACCAGUGCGCAGGGAACGGUGGAAAAUCCCCAUGCCGCUGGCUACUCCGCAGGUGGAAGUACUUCGGGAGGCACAGCCCUCGUCGCGGCGGGGUUGGUAGAUAUCACGAUUGGAGGUGAUCAGGGUGGAAGCAUUCGAGUUCCGGCAUCUUUCUGUGGAUGUGUCGGUCUCAAGCCAACCCACGGCCGGGUGCCGUUCACUGGUAUCAGCAGCGGUGAUGCUAUGAACGACCAUGCAGGGCCACUGACCAGGAAUGUACUCGAUGCUGCAACUUGUCUUGACGUGAUCAGUGGUUACGAUGGCAUCGAUGAUCGCUCCUUGGGGAGUGGCAAGCCGGGUUCAACUAGUUUCGCCGCAAGCCUGAGCCAGGAUUCUAAAAGACUAGAGGGCGUGCGAAUUGGCAUAUUGAAAGAAGGAUUUGAGCAUAACGCUGUCAGUUCAAGUGUCAAACACUCAGUUUUGACGGCAGUGAAAAAGUUCAGAGAUCUUGGCGCCACGAUAGAAGAAGUGUCCCUUCCAGAUCAUCUGCAUGGCCCAGCGAUUUGGACUAUCCAGCAACGAAUCGCCGGCGCACAAACCUUGUUGGGGCAGAAUACAGGUCGAAGAGGCCUGUAUACAACUGAGAUGGAACAUGCGAGACUGCCAUGGACUGACGAAGGAUUCCAACGAGCAUUCCCGUCAACUAAGAACGUUAUAAUCAACGGGCUUUAUCUGAUGUCUCGCUUCCCGGGUCUAUAUGGCAAGGCAGCUAAUAUUGGACGGCAAUUGAGUGAUAAGUACGAGGCACUCUUUGAGAAAUACGACGUUCUAGUGAUGCCUACCACUCCAGUUGUCGCCCCCAAGAACGAGAAACGCGGUCUUCCGUUGGAGUCGUUGAAACCCAGCAUGGGGCUGACGAUCAACACUGCCAUCUUCAAUGUGACUGGUCAUCCGGCCAUAUCGAUUCCUAUUGGAACUGCUCCAGCAAUGGACAACGUGGAGGUCAUGCUUCCAGUCGGUAUGCAGGUUGUUGGAGGAUUAUGGCAGGAAGAGAAGAUUCUUCGAGUCACGCAUGCGUGGGAGAGUCACUUCGAUUGGAAGAAGAUGCAUUUCUCGACCAGCGAGAACUGA